AUGGGUAAUGACUACAUGACUGAUACCGCAGGGCCAUCGUGGUCCUUGACCAAAGACACUUUGCUUCAACAUUCUAUCUUCACCCAUCAGAUCCCUUCUCAGUCUACGCCACUGAACCAGCCUUCGACCUCAACCCCACCUCACGACCCUCCUUCGCGCUCUCCCUCCCCCCUCGAUCUCUCUCCUCGAAGACCCGAGGGAGUCGACAUCGCUGACGCCUCAUUCACACCUCUUACACCAGUCGAUCCUGAUAGCUUUCAAGACUUCGACUUGUCGGAUUGGCACUCAGAGUGCCUCAGACCUGACUCACAAUCACUUUGCUCAGAAACCGCUUCCUUUGCGAUGAACGUCUCAACUGUUCGUGCGAACCUUAAAUCGAGAGGCUUCUACUACGAUGACGAAGAUGCAUUAGCAAGAGGUGGACAAGCAAUUAAAGACAAGGCACGUGAGAUUAUUACAUCGCAGAGGAAUUCACCAACGUCAAGUGACAACGCACUAUUGCUGAAGGCAGCCAUUCGCAAAUACUGUGGCUCUACGGAAAGAACGCUUGUGUUCAAUGUCUGGUGCAUCCUACGACAGCAAAAGCUCCGUGACAUUACUGAGAAGCCGCUUUCGCCACAGGGAGAAGACAAUGCAUUGGCAUGGGUGAAACGAGCCUGGAGCAUGGAUUUCCUUGACUGCGUCUUCGAAGCCGACCUUAACAAAGAUAUGAUACCCGACACUUCACAUACGGGCAGCAAAACCACGGACAUCAUGUUUAAAGAUCUACCUCGCAUAGAACAACCCCGCCCUGAUGUCACGUACGGCUUGUGGAAAGCAGACAUCGAUUCACCCUGUCGUGGUAUCCUCGACACCUACCACUGUGAGCUUGCGAAGGAUGUCGAGUUGCCCUGGUUUCUAGUGGAAGUCAAAACGCUGAACGCGGUGGUCGGAGAAGCGGAGAAUCAAUGUAUCCGUGGGGGUGCAGUGCUAGUCAACGGGCAUCAUCAGUGGAACCGAGUCGCGGACGGCGGAAAGCAUUCCCUGGAUCUGAGUAAGAAGGAGAAGGAAGAGGAGCACGAUAGGCUCAUCGCGAAAAGGGAGAAAGCCGGGACUGCUUACGAUAAACUACAAAGUACCGCGGAUUCCGCAACGCUUGCCUUCUCUCUCGCCUUUUCCCCAUCAACCGCAACGAUGCAUGUGCACUGGCGGGAGGAAUGGGAGAACGGGGUGGAGCACUGGCACGCCCACACGAUACAGACCUAUGCGAUGCGGACUGAGCAUAGGGAUUACGAACAGCUCGGCAUGCAUAUGACGAACAUCAUGGAUUGGGGGUGCAGGACGCGUCGGAUGGAGAUUGAAAAGCAGGCAAAGGUCAUUGCAAAGCGCAAGUACCCGGGUAUUGACGAGAAUGAGGUCUGCUUCGCGCCCAAUAAGCGGCAGAAAUCGGGCUAA